GUUCUCCUUUUCAAAACCGUACGAAGUAUUCUGUGCGAGACAGGAAACAAGUCAUAAUUCUAAUAUCACGAGCAUUGUUGAAAAAAAACCACAAUUCGGAAACGGGGCCAAAUUACACAAAAAGGUCCUUAUUAUUUCUCAUAAGUUGUGGUUUGUUGCAAAAACUUACAGGAUGUCGUUGGUAAAUUACAAUUCAAGUAGUGAUGACGAAACUUCAAAUGCUGAAGAGGAAACAGAAGAACAAUCUAACGUAGGAAAGCGUGCCGAAGAAGCCUCCAGCUCCACCUUGAUGAACUUGUCUGAUCUUGAAGAAGACCCAAGAUCGAAGUCGUCACUGUUUUCAAGUUUACCAGCUCCAAAAUUAUUGGAUAUACAUCAACCAGAAGAGACAGACGACAUUCAGUUCCCUGCAACAGCAUCAACCACUUCUUCAUCUUCAUCAUCUACUGGCAGAUCACUCAACCUUCCGGCACCAAAGAAGAAGUCAGCUCAGCCCAUAAAGAUCACUGCACCAUCACUUCCAGAGACACAUUCAGAUGAUGAUGAGGAGGAACCAUUGGCCAAGAAAGCCAGACCAGCAAAGACUAAGCACUACCUCGGUCGCCAUUCUUUGGGCUCACCGGCCAUUAACAGCGUUGCUUCCCACAACAUUGGUGGUAAUAACCAUCUCGCAGGUGGAGGUCGCAUGGACUCAAGAAACAGCAGCUCACCAGGUCCAGACCGCAACCUCCUCAGGAAGAAGAAAUGCACUGCCAAGGAGAGAGGCGAACACACCAUGGAGGAGCUUCUGGAGCUUAGCCGCAGCGCCAUGGAGCAGCUGCACCAGAAGCUGGAACUGCAGCGCCACCAGAUGGUGCUGCUGUCAGGAGGAGGCUUUGGAUUGCAUCAGACGAACAGUACUCCCUCGUUUCCAAAAGCAGGUCCUGCUGGUCAUACGACGUCGAACGCCACACAGCUCCAGGGCCUGGCUCAGGUAUUUCCUCCUGCCCUGGGCUUCCAGGGAAGCCCUGUGCUCAACGCUGCACUGCAUCCAGGCCUUGCCUCGUUGAUGCAGGCCCCAGGCCUUGACCUGCCAAGGAAUGCAGGCCUACUGGGCUCCCAGAGUCUUCCCUUUGCUUCGGCGGUGAAUGUUAGUGCAGCAAACCAUGACCUGACCAAAAGCUUACUGAGUCCUUUUCCCUUCCCGGCGAUAAAUCCCGGGGGCAUUGCUGGACUGCAGCCAUUCCCACUGGGCUCUGCUGUCGGUAUUUCCCAACCUCUGGCCCAGCCAGGCUGGGUCCCAAACACCCACCCGCCAUCACCUCCGGCCGACUCUGACCACAGUCCUCAGGUGACCCACAAGAACUGUUGUGGUGCUUGCCUCAAGAAGAUUGACCUGCUGGAACAGAAAGUCAAGAAGAUUUUGGAGCAUCUAAUCACGAAGGAACUAGCCCAAGGCUCUACAUUGCCGCCAGUGCUAGAUCCCUUCCCAGCGCCAACUUCAUUGGCUUCCCAAAGUCCAUCACCACAGGAUGGACACACUUUUCUCAACACCAGCCCUUCAGGAGGUUCUUCCUCUGUUCCUUCUUCAUCAGCGUUACAAGUAGGCCAAGAAAUGCAGAAUGCUUUCAUGCAGGCUGUCCACCAUGAGCAGUCAAGUCCAUUUCAGUCAUCCACAAAGCCGAGAAUCGUGUAUCCACAACUAAUGACAGAUCCACUGAUACCAGUGAAAAUAUCCUCAGCAGCUGAGCACAAAUGUCCACCCAAAUUAGCAGAUCCACCGAUAACCACCAAUGUUGCUCCAGCUUUUGCAAGCCUCUGUAGUAGCCCCUCGGACUCAAGGAGGUUAACUCCGUCUUCUGUGAAUGCGUGUUCAAGCCAGACAAAGGGUCCACUGCUGCUUUCAUCAAAGAUAACCUUACCCGCUGAGAACAAUGAUAAGUAUGCAUAUCAGUCUCUGAUGCGUUACAGAGGUACCUCAAAACUGUUCAAGAUCGAUUAUGACCAACAUGCAGCCCACAAGUCAAACAUUCACUUCAACCAGGGCGGUGACUCCUCGCAUCUCUCGGUAGAAGAUACAUGUAUGCUGCAGACAGACCACUUUCAGUUUCCAUUAGAGAUCUAUUCAGCUGCUGACUUUCAUAGCCUUCCCUCUAAAAUACAAUAUAUCUUGAACGUUGUUGAGAGAGACAAACACGGCAAAGCAACCAAACUCGAGGUGAAGCAAGAAAUCUUGAAUUCUCUCGCACCUUAUAUCAAGGAUCGGAACUCCAUAUCGCGCCGUCUGGCUGAUGUACUGUUCACGGACGAUGAGCGUUGCUACUGUAACUGCAGUGGCUGGCGGAAGCCGGCCGCACUGGAUCCCAUCCGCAUGCAGGCGUUGACGGACGCCGUUUUCAAACUGUGCCCCUGCCCAGAGGAGCAGAAAAAGCACCUCUGGCACGAAUGCGUCAAGUCGAUUGACGCCGCCUCUAGGCAUAUCGUCCGUGUCCGCAAGAACAAAGGCAAAAUGCCGCGUCACGGGAAGUGGCUACCCACAAACCAUCAAGAGCCGGCCGAGCAACCACUCUUUGCUGUUGCGACAAUGGAGGUAGAUCCCAGCCACGAAGGCAUCAACUAUGACAACCUGCCAGUCCGGCUGCAGUCCGUGCUCGACAUAACCCAGAGAGAUGCCAACGGUAAGGUGUGCAAAGUGGAAAUCAAGGAGCCUGUCUUAGUCCGCUUCACUUACCUCUCCAACAGCAGACUGAAUGUAGCCUGCCAGCUUGCCAACAUCCUCUUCACCCCAGCCGAGCGGGAGGGGGCCUCCUGCCUGGGGCGGCCUGGCACACGGCAGCUGGACUCAAUCCGAUUGGAUGCCCUGCGAGAGGGGACCUUCAGGAUCUGCCCUGCACCUCUUACGGAGCAGAAACACUUAUGGUCCUAUUGUGUAAAGGCUAUAGACAGGUUGUCAGUCAAUCCAGACAUGAGUUACCCAACAUCGUCAGCUACUUUGGUUUACCCCAAUAUCAAAGCAGAAGAUGAAACCCCUGGUGAAUAUGAAGUCUUAGCAGAGGAUAUAAGCCACUCAUCUCCUGAGGAUGAAAACUGAAAAAUGUAAUAUUUAUUUUAUU